AUGAUAGCACUGUGCAGAAAUGCCUUGUUAUCUCAGUCCAAAAACCUGCUCGCCAUUCGCGCAAUGGCAUCACAACCGGACCCUUUCGUUAUGGAAACACUUUCAGGCUCAGAUGAAGGGAUUGUCCUGUUUAGGAUGAACCGUCCCCAGACCAAGAAUGCGAUAAGCAAGUUGUUUUUAGAGCAACUCAGGGAAAGUAUUUCGUCCGUGAAGUUCAACAAGAAUGCACGUGUUAUUAUUCUUAAGAGUGACGUUGAAGGAGCUUUUUGUACAGGGGCUGACCUCAAAGAACGUAAAUCAAUGCCUGUGGAGGACGUGCCCAAAUUUGUAGACUCAUUGCGAUCAUCUUUCAGUGAGCUGGAGUUCCUCCCUCAACCCGUGAUCGCGGCAAUUGAUGGCUAUGCUCUCGGUGGUGGUCUGGAAAUGGCUCUGGCUUGUGAUAUACGAGUUGCCUCAAGUAGUGCCAAAAUUGGAUUGACCGAGACGAGAUUGGCAAUCAUUCCCGGAGCAGGAGGUACGCAGCGACUCACUCGGGCUGUCGGACCGUCAAUGGCAAAAGAACUUAUAUUCACUGGGCGAAUGAUCAGCGGUGAAGAAGCAUGCAGAAUAGGUUUUGGUAAAUCACUGGCACGAAAGUUCGCACGCCUCUCCGAAGGCCUAAAGAAAUCGCCCGAGAAAUCGUUCCCAGGGUAG